CUGUCUGUAUGGACACUCCUAAUUUUUUUAAUAAACUGAUCUCUGCGAUUAAAUUACGGCCUGAAUCCAGAGGUCAAUAAUGCUGUCAGGAUUUACAAGCCAAAGAGAAAUUGAUGGCACAAAAAUGAAAUUGCCUAAAGGUGUCAUUUUCAUUUUUCUGGCAUUGAUUUUUAAGGUUGCUGUGGCAGGGAAUUCCACAAAGGUGUACAUGCUUGAGCUUGAAUUUGAGGAAUCGGUGCAUGAGAAUGUCACUGACCUGUUGAAGGAUCAUACACAAAUAGAUGUGAACGGGUCUGCGAUUGUAACCAACAUCACCAGCACAACAAAUUGUAUAUUGGCUGACAAGCAGAAGAACUGUUCAUGCAUGACAGAUUACACAUGGAGUGAGGACAUUUGCAGAAAUCAUGCCUGCUGCAAAAACGAGAACUGCGAGAUAAAUGUUGAUGACCCUGCGUUCUGUCUGUCUGAAAAAAGAGUAAGCAUUAAUGGAUCUACUAUAUUGACAAAUAAUAGUUACAACAUAUUAGUAAGUAAUGAACCAAAUAAAAAUAUGGAAGAACACAAGAAGAUGGAACAAGAAGUAAUUACUAUGCUCAAGAAAAUUUUCAGCACAUUGGAAUAUUUUGAUUCUCUAAUUAUCAACGGUUACGGGCGUGGCAGUGUGAUUGUAUAUUAUACGGUGCAGAUACUUGGUUCAGUCACACCUUCACAGCUUGUGAGCAUAAUAAAGCCACUGAAUGAUUCUGAGCUGACAACAACAGGUCUCGUCACUAUUGUCGGACCUGAGAAGCAACCGAUUGAUAUAGGCUCCAAUGCAAAUAUAAAUUGUACUCCAUCAACUGAUCUCGGAGAGGUACGGUGGUACUUAACAGAUGUCGAGAAUAAAACAACACAGAUCACAACAGGAAAUGAGGCCAGCUUUCAAAAGCAUGGUUCAAAUGACAGUCUUCACCUAGGGGUCAUUUCAGGAAGCUGGAAAGGAACAUUUACAUGCGUGUACGCAAUUGGGUCCAUAAAACACACAGCAAGUAUAACGUUGGACAUCGCACUUUUGCCAGAACAAAUUCAGGCCAUGAGCACGCCCCAAUUUCCUGACUGUACUAAAGAACCUAAAGAGGUUAACAUUGUAAUUGAGUGUAUCAUUCCUGACGACAAAGAAAAUUACACUGUUACCUGGACUAGUGGUUUAACAGAACAAGCUCCAAAAAUCCAGAAGAACGGUAUAUCUUACGAAGCAAAGAUGACCAUACAAUGUGCAGACAAGAAAGAGAACGUUACUGUUGACUGUACAUUCACAAACAACAGAGCUACAAAUAACAAAGCCCGACCGCAGAGUGUUGUGAUCCCCAUCAUUCAACCCACUUCAGCAAUCUGUGAAGCAGAGGGUGACUGGCCCAAAGCAAAAAGCAAUCACACGGCCAUCAAAUCUUGCAUAAACUCUGUUGGUUUGAUAAGAAGAGAAUGCAAAGACAGAGUAUGGGGAAAUGUAAUCUCUUCUUGUGUGAAUAAGGAGCUGGAUCUCAUUCAAAAGCGUGUAGAGAACUUAAAUAAAGGUAUUGGCUUGAUGAGGGAUGAUGCAGAAGUACUUUUUGAAGGCAUACAGAUAUCGAGCACAAGCAAGACAUUCAACUCAUAUGCAAAUAUUAACGCAUCCGUACAUCUUUUCAAAGACAUGAAUAAUAUAUCGAUGCGCCAGGAAAAUCCAUGGAAUGAUCCUGUCCUACCUAACUUCGUCAAGUCUGCAAGCAACGUUUUGAACGAUUCAAAAUCCUGGAAAAACCCUAAAAACGACCUCACAGAUUUAGCUGUGACAUAUCUACAGAUUAUGGAGGAAAUGGUGAACAACACAAAUAUGUCCUCAACUACUUCUUACAAGGCUGAAAAUUUUGAACUGCAGUCCUGUAAUGACAGCUGCAAAUCCUUCAAUGCCAGCGUCGACACAGACAGUGGGGUUAUUGUCGUUGGAUUCCGGAACCUUUAUGAAAUUUUCCCCAACUUAAUAAACGGCAGCAUACCAAACGCCAGCAUAGAGACUACCAUCAUGUCAGUUAUCCCUGCAAAAAAUACCAAUUCGGCUCAAGUUGUUCUGAAAUUCAAUUAUUCUCAAAAUAGACUCCCAAAUCAUGAUAUGUAUUGUGUUUUCUGGGAUGAAACACGGAAUGAGUGGUCUUCAGAAGGGUGUGUUUGGGGUGGUGUGAGCAAUCCAGAAGAAUGCAGAUGUGACCACAACUCUGCGUUCACCAUAAUGAUGGCCAAAGAUGAAAUUACCCUUCCCUACAUGGAGGAACUGACCUACGCUGGCUUGGGAUUAUCAAUCGUUUCCCUCGUUCUGUGUUUAAUCAUCGAGAUUCUGAUAUGGGAUACAGUUGUAAAGUCAGACAUCUCCAAUUUUCGGCAUGUAGCCAUUUUCAACAUCUGUUUAUGCUUGCUGUUUGCACACAUUGGAUUUUUAGCAUCAGCUGAACCUAAGAAGUUGUCCGGAAACUGGUGCUCCAUCAUCACAUUAGUCAAACACUUUUUUUUCCUAGCCGUCUUCUUCUGGAUGCUGUGCUUGAGCUUUUUGAUUCUUCACCAAAUAAUAUUUGUCUUUGACCAUCUGCGGAAAAAGGUUUUUUGGGGAUUGUCUAUCACUCUUGGUUACGUAUGCCCAGUAUUAUGUGUGGCAAUAACAUUCAUUACAUUCAGAAAUGGUGAAGCUGGAGCAUACUAUUCCACAAAGACUUGCUGGCUCAUUUAUGAGGGUGUGUUGAAGGGCUCCAUGUAUGCUUUUAUUCUUCCUGUCGGAACUAUUGUGUUUAUAAACUUGUUCACCUUGGUUGUGGUGAUCAUGAAGAUAGUAACCCCUACUAUGUCAGAGGCAAAGGCGCGGGACGAAAAGGAUGUUGCCAAGAGUAUGAUCAAGACAAUAGUCUUCCUAAGCCCUGUCCUCGGGAUAACUUGGAUCUUGGGAUUUUUUGUAAUGCAUCUUGACCUUACACAAAGACCUUGGGCCCAAAUCGUGAACUACACAUUUACAAUACUCAAUUCACUACAGGGCUUUUUCAUACUGCUGACAAACUGCGUUGGAGAGAAAAAGGUUCGUGAUGCACUUCGGAAGCGCUUCAGAGGUUCCAAGCACACACAAUCAGCACAUUCUAAAAGUGAAAGCUCAACUAAAGAGACAUAUACGGUUAAAAAUAAAUAAGGAUUGGACAGAUUUAAGCAUGUGAAUUUAGUCGGUGCAUUCUAGAAGUACCGAAAGAGAAAACAUGGAGUACGAGGAAACUCUUCAUGGAUUAAAUUGUCUCACAUUCUAUGCAUAUUAAAAUAGCAAUAAAUAAAUAAAAAGUUAAUUGUUUUCUAAAACACUGUACAUUUAUGAUAUUGUACUUCAGAGGAUAAUGUAUAUCGAUGUAGUCAUGCAAGUUUGCUGUAUGAAUGUAUUUAGGUUUGUCUGUGACCAAAUCAUUUUUCUUUCUAAAAUGGCAUAUUUAAUUUUAUCUAUAUAUUCAUGUAAGUAUUUAUGCUUUUAAUUGUAGAUCACCUACUUGGAAUAAAAAUAAAACUGGUGAAAGUCGUAGAUGAUUAUACAUUUUGGCAUGUACUGUCCUGUCCUCCAACAAUGCUUUCUCUUAUUAUUUUUUACAUUUCAUUUAGAUGCAUAGCAAAGAAAGCACAUUAGUUUGUAUUUUUGCUCUCAUGGCUUAAUAAAACCUACUUUGUAAUUGUU